UUAAAAUGAAGUUGUUAGUAACUUGCAUUGCACUGUUUUUUAGUUUCACUCAGCAAGUAAUUUCUCAAUCGACCACCUAUGAUAAUAUGCAGAUCGUAUUACAAUGGGCACCCACAUUCUGUGGGAGGAAUAAGUACUGCAACAAUCCUGUUCCACAAAGUUUCACCUUGCAUGGGCUUUGGCCGGCAAACAGUAUUGGAUAUAGUCUACAAUGUGCUCCACCUCCACAAGAUACUAGCGUGUGGACAACGGACAGACCGUUGCGGACAGCUCUUCAAAAUUGUUGGUAUAGUCUGAUCCGGGGUCGUCCCGAUUACAUACUGUGGAAACAUGAAUGGAAGUAUCAUGGCUAUUGCUCUAGCCAUACAAUAAAAGAUACUGACUACUUCUGGGCUGCAGUACGCAAGUAUGGAGAAAACACCAAGAUUGUGGGCAAGGCGAUUGUUGACAAACUGAGUGGUGAAGGAAUCAAUCCGUCAAAUGAUAAGGAUUACAAAAAGAGUGCAAUAACGAGUGCCUUGUCUGAAAUUCUGGGCUUUAAUUGUUGCGGAAGCCAAAUGUAUAUAGUGUGAAUAAGUCACAACUACUAUACC